CUAGCCUGACCCUGCAACCCACUGGCAGCACAGUCAGCACAGCGGUUUGGCUCACAGCAGAGGGCAAAGGCCAUCAUCAGCUCCCUUUAUAAGGGAACAGUCACACACUCGGUGUGCUGAGAGUGUCCUGUCUGGUCCUCUGUGCCUGGUGGGGUGGGGGUGCCAAGUGUGUCCAGAGAGCUCAGUGGGCAGCAAGGCAGCCAUGGGGCUGGAUGCACUGGUGCCCCUGGCUGUGACAGUGGCCAUCUUCCUGCUUCUGGUGGACCUGAUGCACCGUCGCCAACGCUGGGCUGCACGCUACCCGCCUGGCCCCAUGCCACUGCCCGGGCUGGGCAACCUGCUGCAUGUGGACUUCCAGAACACACCAAACUGCUGCAACCAGCUGCGGCGCCGCUUUGGGGACGUGUUCAGCCUGCAGCUGGUCUGGACUCCAGUGGUCGUGCUCAAUGGGCUGGAGGCUGUGCGCGAGGCGCUGGUGACCCGCGGCGAGGACACCGCCGACCGCCCGCCUACGCCCAUCAACCAGGUCCUGGGCUACGGGCCGCGCUCCCAAGGGGUGUUCAUGGCUCGUUACGGUCUCGCGUGGCGCGAGCAGAGGCGCUUCUGCGUGUCCACCUUGCGCAACUUGAGGCUGGGCAAGAAGUUGCUGGAGCAGUGGGUGACCAAGGAAGCUGCCUGCCUCUGUGCCGCCUUCGAUGACUAUGACGGACGCCCCUUCCGCCCCAACGAACUCCUGGACAAAGCGGCGAGCAACGUAAUCGCCUCCCUUACCUGCGGGCACCGCUUCGAGUAUGACGACCCUCGCUUCCUCAGGCUGCUGGACCUAGCGCAGGAGGGAUUGAAGGAGGGGUCGGGCUUCCUGCCCCAGGUGCUGAAUGCCAUCCCUGUCCUCCUGCGCAUCCCGUGGCUGGCUGGCAAGGUGUUACGCUCCCAAAAGGCUUUCCUGGCCCACCUGGAUGAGCUGCUGAACGAGCACAGGAUGACCUGGGACCCAGCCCAGCCACCCCGAGACCUGACUGAUGCCUUCCUGGCAGAGAUGGAGAAGGCCAAGGAGAACCCCGAGAGCAGCUUCAAUGACACGAACCUGCGUAUGGUGGUGGCUGACCUGUUCUUGGCCGGGAUGGUGACCACCUCAAUCACGCUGGCCUGGGGCCUUCUGCUCAUGAUCCUUCACCCAGAUGUGCAGCGUGAGCCCAGCUGGGACCCAGAGAUCGACGACGUGAUAGGGCAGGCGCGGCGACCAGAGAUGGGCGACCAGGUUCACAUGCCCUACACCACUGCUGUGAUUCAUGAGGUGCAGCGCUUUGGGGACAUCGUCCCCAUGAAUAUGCCCCACAUGACAUCCCGAGACAUUGAAGUGCAGGGCUUCCUCAUCCCUAAGGGGACAGCGAUCUUCGCCAACCUGUCAUCAGUGCUGAAGGAUGAGGCCAUCUGGGAAAAGCCCUUCCGCUUCCACCCUGAACACUUCCUGAAUGCCCAGGCCCGCUUUGUGAAGCCAGAGGCCUUCCUGCCUUUCUCAGCAGGCCGCCGCGCAUGCCUCGGGGAGCCCCUGGCCCGCAUGGAGCUCUUCCUCUUCUUCACCCACCUGCUGCAGCACUUCAGCUUCUCCGUGCCCGCUGGACAGCCCCGGCCCAGUAGCUCGCCUGCCGGUGGCUUUCUGGUGUAUCCUUCUCCCUACCAGCUUUGUGCUGUGCCCCGCUAGAGUUGGGCAUCAAGCCCCUGACUUGCUCCUCUUGUACAAUAAAUUAGUCUAGAGGCUCCCACUUGGUUUCUGAA